CGUCAGUGAUCCAAACAUCAUAAUUGCGCGGCAUUCGAUAUCAAGAACUUUGCAUUGAAAAGAAUCAUCAGUACUUUGAGGUUACACCCAACACGAGCUGCGAAAAAUUUUAAUAAUGAAUUUAUUCGAUCAGUCAAAAGCUCCAGCACCAGCCGCAGGAGCUGCUCCCACAAAUUUUUUCAAUGCCGCUGCUGGAGAUCCAGGAAAAACCCUACCGACAUUGACAGCAAUGCAACCACAGGAUAAACCAGGGUUUGGAUUCGGGCAGGGUCUGACCUUUGGAUCAAAUCCCGGUUUCAAUCCGGGAACUCAAAUGGCAAACCAGCCACCAAUGACUCAGUCAACGUUGCCUACAUUCAAUGCACCCGCAGCAGCUCCAAAUACAACUGUUCCUUUUGGAAUGGCCACUAGUACUCCAAUUGGCAUGGGUGGUUCCAAUAUUCGGAUGCCUGGAACCACUGGAUUUCCCUCUACUACCACCAGCGCAGCUCCAACUCCAGGACUGAACUUCGGUAUCGCAAAACCAGCAGCUACUGGAACUGGAUUUACAUUGGGAUCCACAGCGACAAAUACCACGGCACCGAAUCUGUCAUUUGGUGCAACGGCGAUGUCAACUCCAGCACCAGGAUUUAAUUUAGGCGGUACCACAAUUUCAUCAGCACAACCGUUUGGAUCAGUUCCCACAUCUUCAUCAGCAACAAAUACUCCUCUGUCAACAGUACUGGCUCUAGCGUCGAGUUCCACACUUGGUAAUUUAGCGGCAACAACUAGCGCGCCUCCAGCAUCAACUCAGUUAUCAUUGGGUUCAACUGCGCCAAGUACUACGUCAUCAUUAACUGGGUUUUCAUUUCCCGGAACGACAUCAGCAGCCACUACGGGAUUCAAUCUCAAUAGUGCGACAACUGCAGCUUCCACUGGAGGAUUUUCACUGAGCAAAUCAACUACUGCAGCUACUCCUUCUACUACACAGACAACUGGAUCAACACAAACGUCAUUAGGAACAUCGACAACUGUCACUGCUUCAUCAAGCAGCAGUCAGACAGGUGCUAUAAAUUUUUGUCAAUUAGAAGAGUCGAUAAAUAAAUGGACGUUAGAAUUAGAAGAGCAAGAAAAAGUUUUCAUGAAUCAAGCAACGCAAAUAAACUCCUGGGACAAAUUACUUAUCGCUAAUGGAGAGAAAAUCGUCACGCUGAAUGACCAAGUCGAGAAAGUUAAACUUGAACAGCAACAGUUGGAGCACGAGCUUGAUUAUGUUGUGGGACAGCAGAAAGAACUGCAAGAUUGUCUGGUUCCACUGGAAAAAGAACUUGCGAAUGUCUCGGUAUCGGAUCCAGAACGGGAGUAUACUUACAGACUUGCGGAGAAACUGGACACUCAACUCAAGCAAAUGUCCGAAGAUCUCAAGGAAAUAAUCGAGCAUCUCAACGAAGCCAAUCGUGCUCAGGAUUCCAGUGACCCGAUUGUCCAGAUCGGCAAGAUUUUGAAUGCGCAUAUGAACAGUCUCCAGUGGAUCGAUCAGAGAACUUCGAUUCUCGCACAAAGAAUCCAGCAAAUCGAUCAAAUGCAUCAGAACUUCAGACAAGAAAACGAAAGAAGUUUCAAUUUAGCGUACAAUUAAUUUAAUAAUCAACUAGAUGUUCUUUUGUAAUUCAAUUUUUUUUUUAUUUACGUUCAUUGAAUUGCUUUGUCAUAAAAAAAUAAAUAAUCUAAUUUUUUUUAA